GCGUGUGUAGCGGGUGGAUGACAGCUGGGAUCGCAGCGCUGCUCCGCUUCAGUCCAGUCUCUAGUAAAGAAGCUUCGUCUCCAAACAGGAUGACCGUCGGCUUUCCAUGGAAGUGACUGCGCUCCGUAUAGCUACGAAACCAGAGGUCCGGGAAAGCUGCCUUCAGCUUUUUUUUUAACCCUAAGGGGAGUUUAAAUGAUACCACGGCGGGUAAUUCUUCCUUAGUCUGGAUUUUUCAGAUGGAUAUUUGGAUUUGAAGAGGUGUGAUUUGAGCGCGGCAUGAAACAGAGGAGCGCGAGAGGAAGCCUUGAGAGAAAAGUAUAGCGCUCGUCUUGUUAUUUUGAGAAGGGGGCAGUGCGGCUGAACUCCUCAUGGAUUACUGACAGACCCACAGCUACAACAACUCUACACGCGUACGACCAUCCAUGAACCGCAGUCUGAGGUGAAUCCAUACUAGUGGACCAAUAGCAGCGGCGGCAGCAGCAGCAGCAGCGGCAGCGGCCAGGGUUUGACCAUGAGGUCAGAGGCCUUGCUACUCUACUUCACGCUCCUGCAGCUAGCCGGGGCGGGCUUCCCCGAAGACACGGAACCCAUCAGCAUUUCACAUGACACAAAGCAGUAUCCAGCAUUUGUGGGCCACAAGCCCGGCAGGGACAACACGCAGAGACACCGACUAGACAUCCAGCUCCUCAUGAUCAUGGACAGGACCUUGUACAUCGCUGCCAGGGAUCACAUAUACACUGUGGACACAGAGACUGCCAACAGUGAGGAGAUCUAUUUCAGCAAGAAAUUGACAUGGAAAUCCAGGCAGGCUGAUGUGGACACCUGUAGGAUGAAGGGAAAACACAAGGACGAAUGCCACAACUUCAUCAAAGUCCUCCUAAAGCAAAACAACGACACCUUGUUUGUGUGCGGAACCAACGCCUUCAACCCCUCGUGUCGCAGCUACAAGAUGGACACGUUGGAGCCCCAAGGUGAGGAGAUCAGUGGAAUGGCGCGGUGCCCAUAUGACGCAAAGCACGCCAACGUAGCCCUGUUUGCCGAUGGCAAGCUCUACUCGGCCACGGUGACAGACUUCCUGGCCAUCGACGCCGUCAUCUAUCGUAGCCUGGGCGACAGCCCGACUCUGCGGACCGUCAAACACGACUCCAAGUGGCUGAAAGAGCCCAACUUCGUCCAGGCCGUCAAUUACGGAGACUUCAUCUACUUCUUCUUUCGGGAAAUAGCGAUGGAGUACAACACAAUGGGAAAGGUGGUGUUUCCGAGGGUGGCCAGGGUGUGUAAGAACGACCGCGGUGGCUCCCAGCGUGUCCUGGAGAAGCAGUGGACGUCCUUCCUCAAGACGCGCCUCAACUGCUCCAUCCCCGGGGACUCGCACUUCUACUUCAACAUCCUGCAGGCCGUCACCAACGUCAUCCACAUCAACGGGCGGGACGUCGUCAUGGCGACCUUCUCCACGCCCUACAACAGUAUUCCUGGGUCUGCGGUGUGUGCUUACGACAUGGCGGAGAUAGCCAACACCUUCACAGGCCGCUUCAAAGAGCAGAAAUCCCCUGACUCCACCUGGACACCUGUUCCUGAGGAGAGGGUUCCAAAGCCCAGACCCGGUUGCUGUGCCGGUACCAUGUCUGCAGAGAAGUACAAGCUCUCCAACGAGUUCCCCGAUGACACGCUCAACUUCGUGAAGAUGCAUCCUCUGAUGGACGAGGCGGUGCCUUCCAUCACCAACAGGCCCUGGUUCCUGAAGACCAUGGUCCGGUACCGUCUGACGCGCAUCGCCGUGGACAACGAGGCGGGCCCCUACAGCAACCAAACGGUGGUGUUCCUGGGAUCGGAGAGGGGCAUCAUCCUCAAGUUCUUGGCCAAGAUGGACAGCGGCUUCCUCAACGACAGCCUCUUUCUGGAGGAGCUCAACGUCUACAACCCCGAGAGGUGCAGCGUGGACGGCGUCGAAGACAAGCGCAUCAUCAGCAUCCAGGUAGACAGCAGGAGCCACGUGCUGUGGGUGGCCUUCACCUCCUGCGUGGUGAAGGUGCCGCUGUCCCGCUGCGAGCGACACGACAAAUGCAAGAAGUCCUGCAUUGCUUCCAGAGACCCUUACUGUGGAUGGGUACAGGAGGGCGCCUGCAGAGAAGUGUUCCUCAACACAAACAGAUCCAGCUUUGAGCAGGACGUGGAGCACGGCAACACAGAUGGCCUGGGAGACUGCCAAAAUUCCUUUGUGGCUCUGAAUGACAUUCAAUCGAGUUAUGAAGGUCAUGAGAGCUUGCCGCAUGGCCACCACCAUCAACACCACCACCACAACCACCACACCCUCCCCUUCCCCACCUCGGCCCUGCCCGAGGCCGCCGAGGGGCCCCUGGGCCGGAAGGACCCCCCCAUGAGCUCAGGCAAAGGGGAGGACCCCUACAUGGCGGUGCCCUCUCAGACUCUGCCAGAAGCCAAUGGUGUGAUCCGCGAGAGCUACCAGAAGGGGCGUAACCAGCUGGUACCUGUCACCCUCCUCGCAAUCGCCGUCAUCCUGGCCUUCGCCAUGGGCGCCAUUUUCUCCGGCAUCAUCGUGUACUGCGUGUGCGACCACCGCCGGCGCGACGUGGACCUGCCCGGCCGUAAAGAGAAGGACGGCCAUCACCUCCACUCCCGCCGCGGCUCCAUGAACAGCGUGACCAAGCUGACGGGCCUGUUCGAGACGCAGGCCAAAGACGGGCGUCCCGAGGCCAUCAUGACCCCGCUGAUGCACAACGGCAGGAUGGCGGCCAACGGGAAGAUGCUGAUCAAGGCGGACCAGCACCACCUGGACCUCUCGGCCCUACCCACGCCCGAGUCCACCCCCAUGCAGCCCCGCCGCAAGCCCAGCCGGGGCAGCCGCGAGUGGGAGAGGAACCAGAACCUGAUCAACGCCUGCACCAAGGACAUGGCCCCCAUCGGCUCCCACGUCAUCCCCACCGACCUGCCGCUCAGGGCCUCCCCGGGCCACAUCUCCAGCGUGGUGGUGCUGCCCCUGCGGGAGCACCAGCUGCAGCUCCAGUCCCACCUGCAGCAGCACCAGCAGGCCUACCAGCACGAGUACGUGGAGCAGCCCCACCGCGGCGGCGGCGGCGGCGACAUGGGCCUGGGCCACCACAACGCCACGGACGACCAGGGCGCCACCCUGGAGUACAACAAGAGCCCCCUGCACAACCUCAGCAUGGUGGACCCGGACGGGCUGCUGCCGCCCCGCGUGCCCCAGCGGGAGGCCUCGCUCACCGUGCCGCCGGCCGUGCCCCAGAUGGGCAAGCGUCUGGAGGUGCACUCCUCGGUGUACGGGCUGCGGAAGGGCUCGGGGUCCUCGGCGGCGUCCGCGGGGUCCUCCGGCCUCAAGAAGCACAACACCAACUCCUCCAACUCCUCCCACCUGUCGAGACACCACAGCUUCAACCGCGUGGAGACCCCGCCCCCGGCGCCGCAGAGGGUCGACUCCAUACACAUGACCGCGCAGGGCGUGUCCCUGUCGCGGCAGGCCGGCAUGAGCUCCUACGGUUCGCUGCCGAGGGCCGCCUUCAAGUAUCUGAAGCCCGACGUCCCUCCAAAGCCCUCCGUGGUGUCGCUGUCGACGAAGGGUAAGCCCAGUGACUCCUGUACAUAGUGGGUCAGACCGGCCGGUCCACGGCGGACGGAUGGAAGUGUCGGGAGGGGGGGGGGGGGGGGAAAGGUUGGAGAGAAAGGAAAAAACACAACAUGCAUCUCCUUCUAGUCCUUUGUUUUGUUGAUGUUCAGUCCAGUGGAAAAUGCAACACACUUUCUGAAGAAGACAUUUUUCCUUUUUUUUAUAAAUAUGUAAAUAUUAAUAUAAAUGGUUGUGUCGUCGUGGGUUGCUGUCAUCGAGUUCAGGCUCUGGCUGGCUCCCCCGGUCUCUCUGGAAACAUACACGGUAACUUUUGACUCCUCCCCCUCCCCUCCAAACAUCAGAAGAUGAGGCCCCGCCCCUACACUGUAUCUCAUCCAACACCGGUCCCCUUGUAGCAUCCGAGGCCGUGUUUCUGUGGACUCUGCUCUCCGUUCUUUGGGACUCGACAGAUGUAUUUCUGUUUUCCGUCCACCCGACGAGAGCACACAGAAAGACAAUGCCGAGACACGGACAGUCGUUGUUGUACAGUACCUCAAGAACUUGGAGGGGAGGGGGAUGGGGUUGAUGGCUGUUGGGAGAGAAAGGGGGAGGGUCGUAAGGAGGCCACUGGGAGACUGAAUCCAGACACUUGUGCUUGGGACUGGAAGGUUGACAGAAGGCCAGGAGUUUACGUAGGAAACUGUGAAAAGCCUCUCAGUGUUACAGCUCCACCGGAGGUCAGAGGCCUGACUCUGUGUGAUUGGACGCCCCGGAUGCCAGGAGAAUCCUCUACCAAACUGUUUUCUGAAUAACACAUGACUGUUAAUACUAAUAGCUUGUUGUAUUUAUUUUUUAUUAAGUGCUUUUGAAGAAAACAAAACGAAAAAAAGGACUGACUUUUUAGGCUCAGAGAAAUCGAAGAUAAGGACAAAGGGAGGAAUUCUUUUUAAUAUUGAUUAAUCAAGUGUGAAAAAAAACAACAAAUAUUUAAAGUCAUUAAACUGGAGUCAGGAGAUCUUUGUUGAUGUCUUCAGGUCCAUGAGUUCUUACUGUGGGCUCUGUGGAGGCGGGCUCAGCAGAUUAAGACAUAUGUUACCUCUGUACAGAGGAGAUAUUUAUUUCAACUGUGCCAGACAGGGACUUGUACCUUUGCGGACCAGAAUCUUGAUGUUGAUCUAGAUCAAUCAUACUAAAGAAGAAACUUCCUAAAAAAUCAAACAAAGUCAAACAACACAAAUACACACACACACACACACACACACACACACACACACACACACACACACACACACACACACACACACACACACACACACACACACACACGAACACACAAACACACACACACCCACACAAACACACACACAAAGCCCUUUCACUCAUCCAAUGAGCAUCCCCCAAUCAGCACUGUGGUUUUUCGCGCGGUUCGGUAACUGUCCUGAUUGGUUGCCAGCUCACUGAAUCAAAUCCUACUGUUGCAUGUUGCGAUGGAAAUGAAAAGCCAGCAGCAGCAGCAGUCAGGACAGUAUGGGCUACUGUGUCCACACACAAGGUAGAGAAGAAGAUGGCUCCUUCUUGAACCCAAUCUUCAUCUCAAGCAGCGACACAAAGACAAACAGGCAGCAACAAAAACAAUAACUGAAAAAAGGUUAAUUUUGAAUGCCUGUUUCUCUUCCACUUGUAAAUUUGUGCCUUACACCCUAAAGUAGUAAAGCUGUUUUACUUUUAUAGCUGUUUAAUCUGUCUCCUUGUAGUAUUUUUAUUUCUUUCUUACGUCAUAAUAUUUCCCUGGUUUGAUAAAAAAAGGCAAUUGAAGAAUGUAGGUGUUCUUGUUGUGAUUCUGGAUCUUAGACAGCACACACUCACUGUACUGAGAAGAAGGAAGAGGGGCAGUGAAGGAGGGACCCCUUUACACACACAUACACGCACACAUACUCACACACCAGACACACACAGACACACACAUACUCACACACACAUGUUGUGGUUCAUUUUGGAUUGUGCCAUCAAUACGCUUAAAGCAACCCUUUAUGUUGUGCUGACUGUCUAUGAUGAUGUAGUGAGUGUUUUUCUAUUUUACAAUUUUAAAAGUCCUGGUAUUGUUUGUUUUUUUCAUUUCUGUUUUUUUUAAUCUUUUGAUAUUUGUUUAAUUGGAGUGAUGGUUAACUGAAUAAAUGAAACAAUGAUGGUUUUUAACAGAGACGGCCCCAAUCCUGAAACAGGCCCUACUGGUGCUGAAUGCAAUAAAACAACAUGAACAUGAACAAAUAGAGGCCAAUUGCAUCCAUUAUAAAACCUAGAUGGUUCGAGUGUAUAGCAUACACUUGGCACUCAGACACAGGCUGGCUCCUGUGAGAACGUUUAAAAUCCACAAGGGAAUGAGCAGGUAUACGUCCGCAGAAUUUUUGUAGAAGAGUUCAAAAACAUUUCAAAGAGAUUUUAAAAAUUUCGAAAUUUCGAAAAACAGAGGUCUUAUAAACAGGUGGGAAAGUUUACCAAUUACCAAUCCAGCCCAUUUUUGCCUUUUUUUUUUCUUAAUGCAAUUUUCUAUUGUUACUCCCCCCCCCCCAUCUCCCCUUCUACCCCAACCCUCAACUACCACCACCCACCCACCCAACACUUAAAUCAACAGAGCACUCCCUUCGUGUUGUGUAUGUAGUGGAGCACAGUGGAGAAGAGUCGCCCAUCCGUAUGUGUUAACCCAACUAACAAAGCCUUCCUCAAACAUCCCAUGUACAUAGGCAGGGUGACGUUGCCUGCCAUGCAACAGUAUUAGGGGCUUAUGUCUAGAGGUGGAGGUGUGCAAAGUCUCCCCUCACCUCGUCGGGGGGCUCAGGUUUUCAGUCUGACACAGGAUUACCCAGUGUGUCAUGGAAGGAAGGGUCAUCGUUUGACCUUUGACUCUUUGUCCCACUUACUAUAGCAUCGCAGACUGCCUGCCGGGGCAUGACCAGGUACACUUUAGCCCCCCCCCCCCUGUACCUAAACCUCAACACCGCCAUGGUCCUCAGUCAUGCUGAUGUUUCAACCCAAGGUCGCUGGCACAGACUUGUUUUACGUUGUGUGCAACAAAUAAAUUAAACGGGAGGAAAAAAAUCGGGUCUUGGCGCCUUCUCAUGUCAACGGGAACGGGUCGUGUCCGUGCGGAAGGGGACCAUGGAAAAGCGCUUUUCAGGCGAGAAGGUGUGUUCCUGAUCGGAGAAGAUGGAUUAAAUGUAGUCUUGAUGAGUACGUUUCAAAUUUUGUGAAAGAGCAUCAAUCAUUUUGAAGAUUAGAGUUUGAAUUGGGCUCGACUGUGAAGGCUGUUGUGGCCAGUAAGGUUCUUUGGUGUGUGCCUUUUCUGUUUUUUAUCCUUGCUAUGAUACACUGCUACUAGAUACAAACGGAAUCAGACUAUCUCUGUCUCUCUUUGUCUCUCGCUCUUACUCUCUCUCUCUCUCUCGCUCUCACUUUCUCUCUCUCUGCGCUCAGAUACUCAACCUUUUGAACUUUGUAAGCUUGUAAAAUAUUGUGAUGUCACAAGGUUUUUUGUCCUCCCCUCUCCACGUCCUUAACAUCUGAAUCACAGCUUAAUGUAUGUUGUAAAGUUUAAAAAAAACUCUUUAAUUUAAUGCAAAAUGUAAUAAAUAAAAAAAAAUACAAAUAAAAACAAAA